AAGAAGAUAAUGUUAGCAGGAAAUCACUCCACAGUGACUGAGUUCGUCCUCGCUGGGUUGACAGACAAACCUGAGCUGCAGCUGCCCCUCUUCCUGCUCUUCCUCGGAAUCUACGCGCUCACAGUGCUGGGGAACCUGGGCAUGAUCAUCCUGAUCCUGCUCAGCUCCCACCUGCACACCCCCAUGUACUUCUUCCUCAGCAGUCUGUCCUUCAUUGACCUCUGUUAUUCCACAGUCAUUACCCCCAAAAUGCUGGUGAACUUUGUGAGAGAGAAGAAUGUCAUCACCUACCCGGAAUGCCUGACUCAGCUCUACUUCUUUCUUAUUUUUGUGAUAGCUGAGUGUCACAUGUUAUCUGCAAUGGCAUUUGAUCGCUAUGUGGCCAUCUGUAAACCCCUGCUUUACAGUGUUACAAUGUCCUAUGAAGUGUGUUCCUGGAUGUUAUUUGAAGUAUAUAGUAUGGGACUGAUUGGUGCCACGGCCCACACACUCUGCAUGCGAAGAGUGCAUUUCUGUAAAGCUGAUAUUAUAAACCACUACUUCUGUGAUCUUUUUCCACUAUUAGAACUUUCCUGCUCCAGUAUUUUUAUCAAUGAAACAGUAGUUCUGUGUUUUAGUGCUUUUAAUAUCCUUUUCCCAACACUGAACAUCCUCAGCUCUUACAUCUUCAUCAUUGCCAGCAUCCUCCGCAUCAAAUCCACUAAGGGCAGAUCCAAAGCCUUCAACACCUGCAGCUCACACAUCUCUGCUGUUUCUUUGUUCUUUGGUUCAGCUGCAUUCAUGUACCUGCAGCCAUCCUCAGUCAGCUCCAUGGACCAAGGGAAAGUGUCAUCUGUGUUUUACACCAUUAUCGUGCCCAUGCUGAACCCCCUGAUCUACAGCCUGAGGAAUAAAGAUGUCAAAGUUGCUCUAAAUAAGUUUCUUGAAAAAAGGUUCUUAUGA